AUGUCGACCCAGCCCCUGCUGCAGCGCACCGCCGGCAAGCGCAUUGCGCUCCCUGUGCGCGUGGAGCCCAAGGUGUUCUUUGCGAAUGAGCGUACCUUCCUCUCGUGGCUGAGCUUCACCGUGACGCUCUCGGCGCUCGCCGCCGGUCUGCUCAACUUUGGCGACCGUGUGGGCCGCGUGAGCGCGGCGCUGUUCAGCCUUGUCGCCGUCGCUAUUAUGCUCUAUGCCCUUGCUACGUACCACUGGCGUGCGCAGGCCAUCCGCAACCGCGGCAGCGGCCCGUACGACGACCGCCUCGGCCCGACCAUCCUCUCGGUGCUACUCCUCACGGCGAUCAUCGUCAACUUUGUUCUGCGCUUCAGCGAGUAA